AUGGAAAAGGAAAGGAGUGAUGACACACCUUCAGAUGUUGAACAACCAAUUCAGCAGAUGGAAAAUGAAAGGAGUGAUGACAAACCUUCAGUUGUUGUCGGACCAACUUCGCAGAUGGAAAAGGAAAGGAGUGAUGACAAACCUUCAGAUGUUGUCGGACCAACUUCGCAGAUGGAAAAGGAAAGGAGUGAUGACAAAUCUACAGAUGUUGACGGACCAACUCCGCAACCAGAAACAAGGGCAUGUAAUGACCAAAGUCUUUCAAUCAAAAGUGAUGAUAACAGUUCUGGUAGUAUUUCCAUUGAAGAUGAUGAGAACGAUUGUGAUUUUGUUCUGGAUAGUGCAGAGGACUCUGAUAUAGAUAUGGAGAUGGAAAAUGAAGAAAGUGAUGACAAAUUCACAGAUCAUUUGCUCACGCAUAAAGAUAACCAGGAAACAGAACAGCUCAAGUCACUCCAGAAUGCCAAGAGUAAGGAAGCUGUACGCAAACAAGCUUUACUAAGAAAUAAAGGCGACGAUCUUCACAAUGUCGCUUUGAAGAAUGCAGGGAAAGGAGAGUUGAUCAUUGCAAGGAAAAAAGGCACUUUCAAAUUGGAUGAAUAUGGACCUUGACCAAAUUGUCUGCAAUAGGUAAAAAUAGAGUUUUUUAACAGUAAACACCAGAAAGUAUGCCCAGCAAGAAGAGUAAGCGAGAAGCAGAUGUCCAAAGGGGAAGCACUUGUGAUAUCUGUGUUAAUUGGUGACAUCAAAGAGGGUCCAUCUAGUAAGCUACUGUCUGAGGUGUAUCCGAUAAUGACUCGAGAUGAAGUCACUGCAACAGCAAAAAGUGACUCGUUGAUAGUCGCAUUGGGUAAUAAUUGGUUUAGGCGAAAUCAGGGGAAUAAGUUGAAAAGGAAAACUUACACGUCUUCUAGAAUGAGGGGUGCAGGAAGAUUGCUUCAGAAUUUGAGAUCUUUGAGCCAAACAAAUAUGCCAAUGACAAACUAUAUUGUUCCUGCUUUGUUUGAUAAAAUGUGUGAAGCUGCGCUUCAAUGUGCAACAUUGGAAAAUGAUGAUGAGGAAGACUUAAAAUCCCCUACAGAUGCAAUCAAGAUAGGUCAUGAUGUUCGCAGGCUGGCCAACAUUAAACUUGGAAUUGUCAAGGAGAGGAAGUUGAACCAACCACAGAAAUCUCUUUCAAUCCCGGAAGACUUGUCAAUGUUGGGAGGUAGGGUCAUCCAUCAACUCAAAGGCCUUGAUUUGACAAAAAAGGGGGCUGUUUUCCACCGAUAUAGUCGGGCUGUAGUCUUGCUUCAGGCAAGGCUGAUGACGUACAACAAAAGGAGAUCUGGAGAAUUGGAGGCUUUAAGGUAA